AAUUAUUCUACUGAACAUAUCGACCAAAUCUUGAAUCUCUUAGUUGUUUGGCAUCUCUGGUUGAGAUUUUAACCAAACAAUUGUACUAUCCUCCUGCCUUCAUAGUGUUGAUUGCGGACCCUUUCGCAGAAGUUCUGGUCUUUACACAACGACACUCGCAAUCAUCAUACACCCUCUCUCCCCUCUGAAGCCUCACGACAAAGAAUCUACACCUUUCUAAGCAUCUCCCAAAGUCACAGCCAACAUGCGCGCCAAACGAAGCAAGAAGUAUCGCAAGAUAAUGUCCAACUAUGCCAUGACCUUUGCCUUCCGCGAACCCUACCAAGUCCUCCUCGACUCGAACUUCAUCCGCACAUGCCACAGUUUCCACAUGCCUCUACAGAAAUACCUCGACAACACCCUCCACGGCGAAAGCAAACUGUUCAUCACACGAUGUACGCUCGCGAAGGUCAUGGCGGACUUUGAACGCACCCGACCCGAAGGUUCCAGACAGAAGAGACCCGACUUCCUCCCUCCGCCCACCGAGGUGCCUCUACGGUACUGUAAACACAAGGACGACCAGGGCGAAGACGUCGGCGAGGUUGAGGAAGCACGUUGCCUGCUGGAUUUACUGGCUGGACAGCCGCACGGCAAUGAACAGCCGAAGAACAAGCAACACUAUAUCCUCGCGACCGCGGACGUGGACGACAAGGAACGGCGGAGAAAGGGCUUCAUAGAUGUUCGUGAGCGGGCGCGCAUGAUCCCCGGUGUGCCCAUCGUGUACGUGAAGCGGAGUGUGAUGAUACUCGAAGAGUUGAGUGGGACGAGCGAGGGUGUGAAACGGCGGGGGGAGAAGGAGAAGUUUGCAGAGGGCCUCGUCGGGUUGGACAGGAAGAGAAAGCGCGGUGACGGGGACGAUAGCGAGGACGAGUUGGACGAGCUUGCGCAGGAGCUGGAGAAUGAAGGUGCGGGAGUGAAGUCGCGAGGCACGAAGCGAGCCAAAGGACCAAAUCCUCUGAGUGUGAAGAAGAAGAAGACCAAGACGGCAACAGAGGGGUCAGGGAAGGAUGGACAUGGGGAAGGCCAGACUAAGAGGCGGAGGAGGAAGCAUGGUGUGAAAAGGGAUCAAGAGCAAGGACAGGAUGGACCCGUUGCGACUGUUGCGACCGUUACGACCGAGGCAUGAUAUACGUAUACGGACGGCAAAAAGUAAACCCUCUGAGGUUCUGAAUGGGAUUCGCACAUUUGGCGUUUGUGGAUGGUUGCGAUUGAAGCUUUCAAGGCUCUUUCACGCGAGGAAAGGAAAAAAGAAAAGCAUGACGAGAUACCCUUGUG